GGAGCGGAUCGCAACCCGGAGUCCGGAUCCGAGCCCGCUCUGCACAUUCCACAGGCAGGUGUCAGAAAUGGCUGAGGACCGGAGUGAGGAGAUCAUGUUCAUCUGGUGUGAGGAUUGCAGCCAGUACCAUGACUCCGAAUGUCCUGAGCUGGGCCCCGUGGUCAUGGUCAAAGACUCCUUUGUGUUAAGCAGGGCACGAUCAUCUCUCCCUUCCAACCUGGAGAUCAGGCGACUGGAAGACGGAGCCGAAGGAGUGUUUGCUGUGACCCAGCUCGUUAAGAGAACACAGUUUGGUCCGUUUGAGUCGAGGAGAGUGGCCAAAUGGGAGAAGGAAUCUGCGUUCCCACUGAAGGUGUUCCAGAAGGAUGGGCAUCCCGUGUGCUUCGACACCUCCAACGAGGACGACUGUAACUGGAUGAUGCUGGUGCGGCCGGCAGUGGGGCCCGAGCACCAGAACCUGACGGCCUACCAGCACGGCAACGACGUGUACUUCACCACCUCAAGGGACAUCCCCCCGGGCGCCGAGCUGCGUGUGUGGUACGCCGCCUUCUACGCCAAGAAGAUGGACAAGCCCAUGCUGAAGCAGGCCUGCUCCGGAGCCCACGCUGCAGGCACGCCAGAAAGCAGCGCCGCGGUGGAGUCUGAGCCCAGCCCGUGGGUAUGUAAAGUGUGUUCCGCCACCUUCCUGGAGCUGCAGCUUCUGAACGAGCAUCUGUUGGGUCACUUGGAACAAGCCAAAAGCCUUCCCCCAGCCAGCAAAGCAGCUCCUGAGAAGGAACCAGAUGUGCCCCGGGGGGAGCCUGCAGUUCCCAAGAGUGUCAGUGCCACCAAAGAGCAGAAAAAGCCUCGAAGGGGGAGAAAACCCAAAGCAUCAAAACCUGAGCAGCCACUAGACAUCAUAGAAGGCAAGGAGCCAGGAGCAGAGCCAGUGGCAGAGAUCAUUACCGAGGUCCCGGACGAGCCCGUGGCCGCAGCGCCGGACGAGCGCAUCAUGGAGCUGGUUCUGGGGAAGCUGACCACCAGCACCGGUGACGCCGGUUCAGUGCCAAAGUUCCCACAUCAUCAGAGCACCACCAUUGCCCUCAAGAGGAGCCUAAUUCUGUCGAGCCGGCACGGCGUCCGGAGGAAGCUCGUCAGACAGCUGGGGGAGCACAGACGGGUCUAUCAGUGCGGUAUCUGCAGCAAGAUCUUCCAGAACAGCAGCAACCUGAGCAGGCAUGUGCGCUCGCACGGCGACAAGCUAUUUAAAUGUGAGGAAUGUGCCAAGUUGUUCAGCCGCAAGGAGAGUCUGAAGCAGCAUGUCUCCUACAAGCACAGCAGGAACGAGGUGGACGGCGAGUACAGGUACCGGUGCGGCACUUGUGAGAAGACCUUCCGCAUCGAGAGCGCCCUGGAAUUCCACAACUGCAGGACAGAUGACAAGACGUUCCAAUGUGAGAUGUGUUUCAGAUUCUUCUCCACCAACAGUAACCUUUCCAAGCACAAGAAGAAGCACGGGGACAAGAAGUUUGCUUGUGAGGUCUGCAACAAAAUGUUCUACCGCAAGGACGUCAUGCUCGACCACCAGAGGAGGCACCUGGAAGGAGUGCGGCGGGUCAAGAGAGAAGACCUGGACACCGGCGGUGAGAACCUGGUCCGCUAUAAGAAGGAGCCCUCGGGAUGCCCCGUGUGUGGCAAGGUGUUCUCCUGCAGAAGCAACAUGAACAAGCACCUGCUGACCCAUGGCGACAAGAAGUACACCUGCGAGAUCUGCGGCCGCAAGUUCUUCCGUGUGGACGUGCUCAGGGACCACAUCCACGUCCACUUCAAGGACAUCGCGCUGAUGGACGACCACCAGAGGGAGGAGUUUAUCGGCAAGAUCGGCAUCUCCUCGGAAGAGAACGAUGACAACUCAGAUACGAGCGCGGACUCGGAGCCUCACAAAUACAGCUGCAAACGGUGCCAGCUCACCUUCGGCCGGGGCAAGGAGUACCUGAAGCACAUCAUGGAGGUGCACAAGGAGAAGGGUUAUGGCUGUAGCAUCUGCAACCGGCGCUUCGCCCUGAAGGCCACCUACCACGCGCACAUGGUCAUCCACCGCGAGAACCUGCCAGAUCCCAAUGUGCAGAAGUACAUCCACCCGUGCGAGAUCUGCGGCCGCAUCUUCAACAGCAUCGGGAACUUGGAGCGGCACAAGCUCAUCCACACAGGUGUGAAGAGCCACGCCUGCGAGCAGUGUGGGAAAUCCUUCGCCCGGAAGGACAUGCUGAAGGAGCACAUGCGCGUGCACGACAACAUCCGGGAGUACCUGUGUGCCGAGUGCGGGAAAGGCAUGAAGACCAAGCACGCGCUGCGUCACCACAUGAAGCUACACAAGGGCAUCAAAGAGUACGAGUGCAAGGAGUGCCACCGCAAGUUCGCGCAGAAGGUCAACAUGCUCAAGCACUACAAGCGGCACACGGGGAUUAAAGAUUUCAUGUGUGAGCUGUGCGGGAAGACCUUCAGCGAGAGGAACACGAUGGAGACCCACAAGCUCAUCCACACAGUGGGCAAGCAGUGGACGUGCUCCGUGUGCGACAAGAAGUACGUCACCGAGUACAUGCUGCAGAAGCACGUGCAGCUCACCCAUGACAAGGUGGAAGCGCAGAGCUGUCAGCUGUGCGGGACCAAGGUGUCCACCAGGGCCUCCAUGAGCAGACACAUACGGCGCAAGCACCCGGAGGUCCUGGCCGUGAGGAUUGAUGACCUGGACCACCUCCCAGAGACCACCACCAUCGACGCCUCCUCCAUUGGCAUCGUCCAGCCUGAACUGAGUCUGAAGCAGGAAGAUCUGGCCGAGGGGAAGCACAUGAAAGCUGCCAGGAGGGCCCAUAAGAGGAAGCAGAAGCCGGAGGUGGAGGCAGCGGAAGCCCCGGGGCCGGAGGAGGCCACCUUCAGCGAGUAUUCGGAGAAGGAGCCCGUGCUGUCAGGCGUGGGGGACGAAACUGACUCCGCGGUGCAGAGCAUCCAGCAGGUGGUAGUGACCCUGGGUGACCCAAAUGUGACCACUCCAUCGAGCUCAGUGGGCCUGACCAACAUCACCGUGACCCCUAUCACCACCGCCGCUGGGACUCAGUUUACCACUCAGCCGGUGGCUGUUGGGCACCUAACCACCCCGGAGCGCAGCUGCAGCUGGACAACUAUCCUGACCGUGACCUUUGACACCGUCAGCGGCUCCGCCAUGUUGCACAACCGCCAGAACGACAUCCAGAUCCACCAGCCCGAAGCCUCAAACCCGCAGUCCGUGGCCCACUUCAUCAAUCUGACCACGCUGGUCAACUCUAUCACGCCCCUGGGGAACCAGCUCGGCGACCAGCACCCUACAUGGCGUGCGGUGCCGCAGAGAGUCCUGCCGCCCCCCCCGCCGCAGGCGCCCCCCCCGCCGCAGGUGCCCCCGCCGCAGGUGCAGGCCGAGCCCCAGCAGCAGAUGUACAGCUACUGAGUCACGCGACACAGAACUCAGAGACGAGACCGACGCAACGGGUGUUCUUUUUUAUUUUUGAGAUUCGUUUGCUGGAUACCAAACCGAGAAAAAAAAAAAUCAUUAUGGCAAUGUGAGGUUGACUUAGCUUUGCAGAACUCUGUCCAGAUCCCCUGCCCGGCAUCACAGUCUGUCGGUGUGCCUCGAGUGACCCCCGGCAGGUGGCCGCAUGUGCCAGCCACGCAGCCGUGCCCAGCAGACUCACUCUGGGGGACACGGGCUCUGGGGAAGUGGGGCAAGCGGGAACGGGCGAGUGAUAUGUCAUGUCAGGAGGAACACAGUGGCUCGCCUGCCUCCUUCAGGGUGUAGUUACUGCAAGGGGGGAUGCAGUGAGGAUCCCCAUGGGGCAGUGCGCCGCGAGGAAACUGAUUUCUCGCUUCUGGGUGUUUUUGGUGAAUGAGCAGUUAGACGUUAAAGUGACGUUUAUUUUCUUUGAAAUUUGAGUUGAGUCAAAUUUGUUAUACAACUUUGGGCCGAAGAUGUGUGAGUGUGGCUGCGGACGACCCUCUGGGCGCAUUCGGUUCCGGGCGAGGGGUCUCUGAGGUCGCUGACUCGGGCCUCAGAGGCGUCUUUGUAACAUAACAUGGAUCGAUUUUUUGUAUCUUUUUUUUUUUUUUUUACUUUAUUUCAAGCCUGUGUUAUGUAUUCAAGACUGUGGUGGCCAUGUUGUUUUUGAUUUUUAACAUGCUGAAGUCGUUUGCACUGUAGGAAUGUUGGUCCGCGUGCAGCUCUGCGCGGCUUCUUGAGCACAAGGGACACAGCACCGUGUGUGACAAGUCCCUUCCGGCGGCUCCUGCAGAGCUGCUCGGGAUCCUCUGCCAGCCAAAUAUAUUUAUUACGGCUGAGGCUCAGCCAAACCCACCGAAGAACAGGGAAGAAAUUCAUGUUUUCUUUCUGUCUCAACUGAAUUCCAAAGGUUGACAUGUUUUAAGACCAGUGUUCUAGAAAAAUGUUGAACGAGCUUGGCUCUUCACAGCAGGAAAAUAGAGGUUUUUCUGAAGUACAGACGUACUGCUGUUUCCUGCCAGGCAGCAAUGAAAGCAGAAAAGCUUAGUUCACGAGGAGAAGCGUGAACAGCCUUUGUGGACAAAUGUGCCGAGUAACAGCCACGUCUCCGUCCCUGGGACACGCGCUUUCACGCACGUGGGCACCUGUCAGAGGCGCUGGGCCAGGCUCACGCCCUCCUGCUGCUCAGCCAGGGACACGGGCUCAGUGUUUACCCUCCUGAUACCUUGUAACGCUGUCCACAAUGACAUCAUGACAUUUGCCUUAUUCUGGCCUUGCUCACUCUUUGUCGGGCAUCCUAUAUUCCUUGGGAGAUCCACGUGGAAGAAACAACAACAAGGAGUCAAGAAGUGGAUACAUAGGCCGGAGGAAUCUUGUGUUGCCGGUGAGGCUAAGGAUGAUUUGUUCUGCAAAAUGCAAGUUUCCCAGCACUUCACUUUAUUCCAAGUAGCAAGAUUCUGAGGCUAGGGCUAGAAUUUGUUUCGUGCAAUGCAUGCCUUCAGAACUACGGAGAUGCUCAAACAUGCGGUACGUAAGAGGGUCUCCAGACACAGCUCAGUCACACUUCUGUCUCCUACCUGGCGGUUGAAUUCAUAGUGGGAGAUUAUUUGACUUUUUAAUUUAUGAUAAUUAUUUUUAUGUUAUUUAUGUAUAUAAUUAACUGCUUUAUACACAAUAGUUUCAUCAAAUGAACUUGGGCUAGGAGUGAUAUAUUUUCUAAAAUAUUGUCUUCAUUCUCCAAAUAUAAAUGGUCUGGGUACCCACGGGAUCAUCAAGAGCACCAAGGUUCCUAACAUAUUUUUUUAAAAAAUCACUGACAGUUUUUUUUUUUUUUUUUGCUCUUAAAGCAUAGAAAGGGUGAAUGACCAAGUAAAAGUACAAACACGAUUAACCCUCUGUUAGCCUUUAUCUCUUACUCCUCGUCCCCAUGUAAUAAAGGCCUUUUAAAUCACAGUUUUAUUUUUUUAAAGACAUUGUUUUCGUGCCUGGAGUAAGGAUGCAUCAGAUGUUUUUAAAGCACCUCGUGUAGGCUGUGUGGCCCUGGUGCCCGCGCACUGUUCCUUCACACACACCAGUGGAACGAUCCUUCGUGUAACCAUCAGUUAGAACUCUGAAUAAAAAUUGGAUUCACUCCUGAGUUUUCUGUAGACACACUUGGUCUUAAUAGGGCCACUAUGGGAGGCAAAAAUAGGUCCCUGUCAUCUUAAAACCAUUGCUAUGAAUUUGCAUACGAGGGACAGGGGAGCAAAAAAAAAAAAAAAAAGUGCCACUCGGCCAAGAGAGUCCCCGACUGUAGAUUGCUCUGCGCAUACAUCCCUGUUUACUGAUGGGAAGUGUUUAAAUUUUCGACCGAUCCCAGAUGGACAGUUAUGUUCAUAGGAACGGCCACCAAGCUCUGUGAGUCCAUGUUAAGGUUAUUCUAAGAAAUCUCGGGAACUUACUCAUGACCUGUGGAUUUGUAAAGUUGUAUAGUUCCGUGUCACUUUCACGGUGUGAAUCUCGCGGAGCUGGAUCCCAGGCCACAGUGGCAAGGACGGGACUGGGUCUCCGGAGCGGCGCUCGUGGGGGACACGUGACCUGUGCCGGGCGCCACCUCACCGUGCCCGACAGGAGCCCACCUUGGAGAAUUCCGGGUGUGGGGGGCAGAGUCACGGACCUUACGCAUUCUUUCCGGCCACAGCGUCCAAAGGCGUAGAGCUCGGGGCUUCUCAGCCCAAGACCUCAUCGUCGGUGACGUCCCGUGGGAUUUUGAAAGGCAUUGUGACUUUUGACAAGUUGAGUGUGUUUCGUGUCCCAUCAGUUUGUAUAAUGACAAAUAAAAGGUGCAGUG